GAGGAAGUUGCUGCCAUAGCUCUGAAUGCGCUGGCACCUUGGUGGGAGCUUCGAGCCGAUAUGACACCUAUGCUUUUCUUACGGGCUUUAGCGCCACUUAUGGCACUUCCAGACGUUAGAUUCAACGUAGUGAAGAGAAUUGAUGGAUGGCUGCAGCAUGUCAAACUACAACGGCUAGCCAUGCAACUUUUGAUUCUUGUUGGCCUUAACUAUGGUAACGCAUCGGAUUCACCUCAAGAGAAGUCGAUUCUUGCGCGGCUAUUGCAAAUGAGAAUGCUGAAGAACAAGAAUGUUACCUCUGUAUUCACAGUCGCAUUGCGAGAGAUGCUGAUGCGAAAGGAUGACUGCAACAUGCGCACAACAAUCCAGCUGUUAUUAGAAAAUGAGUUUGGACAUGUUAUGUCUAGGCAUCCACAUAAUGUCUCGAUACUGAUCAGUUUGUUUGGUUUUGACAGAUUAAGAGCAGCUGAGGUUAGUGCUUGA